UACAGUAGUGAGUGAAAUGUAUUGCACUGGUUACAUUCUUGCUACACUGGUACAUGCACAUGCAUUACAUUCACUAGAGUAGCCUUGUAGCUUACUCAACCAGUAGGCUUACUUCAACUCAGUGUACUCUUUCUACACUUAUCAUUAUUAUUAUUAUUAUGAUUAUGAUGAUGAUGAUGAUGAUGAUUUUAUCAUGGCCGUGUGGGUAGCACGUUGUGUUUGUGAAAGAGCAGUUAUAAAAAAACUUUGUGGGGACAUUUAUUUAGAAGUCCAGAUAGGAAGUGGUAUGUGUAUAUUGUCGCUGCCUUGCCGGAAGUUCUCCACAGUGAGAGUAGUUUGUAUCAGUGUGAUGGUUAUCUGGGUUACAUACAGUAGAUAGGCCGGUACAUUUCACACUGGAGGACGGCUCGCUCACACCUCACAGCUGUAUGAGGAGAAAAGGAUUAAAGAGAAGCCUGGAAACACUCGACUUCAUAUUUUCUCCUUCCUUAUAAACGUGGAUAAUCUGUGCUCCACUGGAAACAAAGCCAGACCAACCAAAUGCGGCUUUCACUUCAUCUACGGCUGCAGCUGUGUAGGUGGCGGCAUUAUUGGUCGUCGCACUGUUGAUAAAACACACCGCAAACCACACAGGGCCCACGUUUAGAAGAAGCAUCCCUGGCCGACUUGUUUGAUAGAAGAACUGGUUUUAUGUCUUCACUACAACGAGGAGGAGAAGAUCGUUUCGGGGCGGCGAGAUGCACCAUUUGGAGGACUGAGCUUCAACACUUGGGCUUCAUCAUGGGAGACUGAAGCAGGGUCUGGCAGCCAUGAAGACACCACCAUGUUGUGUUGAGCUGGGAAUACCUGCAUCCACAGCAUCAUGUUCAGCAUGAGCUCACCAGCGACGAUGCCUGCUCACCCUGGGGAAGAAUGGUUCACUCCGCUACUGUUCCCCUUCCAGAGGCAGGGGACGUCGACACCAGUCUCUGCUGCCUUGUUACGAGGCUGCUGAACCUUUCCGUGAGGCUGCCGAUGGAGAACAUCUCCAUGGCAAACGUUUCCCUGGGCUCCCGGUUGCCCCUGGAGCCCGUCACACCAACAGCGGACUCCUCGGAGAGCCUGCAAGGUGUCAGCCUACCUCUGCAGGUCUUCUUUGGCUUUGUCAUGGUCGCCAUCCUGCUGGUUGCCCUGUUGGGAAACGUGGUGGUGUGCCUGAUGGUUUACCAGAGAUCCGCCAUGCGCUCGGCCAUCAACAUCCUCUUGGCGAGCCUGGCGUUUGCAGACAUGAUGCUGGCCAUCCUGAACAUGCCAUUUGCUCUGGUUACUGUCAUGACCACCGACUGGAUUUUCGGAGACGUUUUCUGUCGAGUUUCGGCCAUGCUCUUUUGGUUCUUUGUGAUGGAGGGAGUGGCUAUACUGCUUAUAAUAAGCAUAGAUCGCUUUCUUAUUAUUGUUCAGAAACAAGAUAAGCUGAGCCCUCAGAGAGCUAAAGUGCUAAUAAUGGUCACAUGGGGACUCUCUUUCAUUUUCUCUUUUCCUCUGGCUGUUGGUUCCCCUCCCCUACAGAUCCCUCCCAGGGCCCCUCAGUGUGUUUUUGGCUACAGCAUUGAUCCUGGUUACCACGCCUAUGUAUUGAUAAUAAUGCUAGUCUUCUUCUUCAUACCGUUCAUGGUCAUGCUGUACACAUUCAUGGGGAUCCUGAACACCAUCCGCCACAAUGCGAUCCGCAUCCACAGCCACCCGGACAGCAUCUGUCUGAGCCAGGCCAGCAAACUGGGCCUGCUGAGCCUCCAGAGGCCCUUCCAAAUGAACAUAGACAUGAGCUUCAAGACCCGUGCCUUCACCACCAUCCUCAUCCUCUUCUCUGUGUUUACAGUGUGCUGGGCACCCUUCACUGCCUACAGUUUGGUAACUACCUUCAGUGAUGGCUUCUACCACAAAGACAGCUUUUUUCAAAUCAGUACAUGGGUCCUGUGGUUGUGCUACCUCAAGUCAGCCCUCAACCCUCUCAUUUAUUACUGGCGGAUCAAGAAGUUCCGCGAUGCCUGCCUCGAUCUGAUGCCCAAGUACUUCAAGUUUCUUCCUCAGCUGCCAGGCAACACCAAGAGGCGCAUACAGCCAAGCGCUGUGUACGUUUGUGGAGAGCAUCGCUCCGUGGUUUAAAGGAGCAAUCGACCCUCAAACACUUUUACACUGUUAAAAACACAUCUACUGAUAUAAUGUACCUUACAUUUCUGGGACUGUUUUAUUGUUUGGUGGUAUACUUCUCACAGCAGGUGUUCAGACAGAAAAUAGCACUGCAUUCGUUAAAGGCUAUGGGCUAUGUUGGUGUGGAUGUGUGGCUAAGGGUACCAGUGAGAAAAUGAAAUAUGAUUGAGGGGGUUUGAGGUAUAUCCAUGAGUUUUACAGUGUACCCGAUACUAAAAAAAACAUGCUCAGUGGUUUAUAAAAUUUACAAUUCUAGUUCCGAUACCUGAACUUUGAUACAGUUACCAAAACACUACUUUUUUGAUACCUUACUUUGCCAAAAAACUAUACAAUAACCUUAAUAAAAAGUCUAAAAUUGGGAACAUUUCACUUGAAGUCAGGGACUGUCUUACAGAUAAACUACUUUUGAACUCAAGGUUCACUUACUAGCUUUUUCCUGAGUUUUUGACUGUAUGUCAGCAGUCUUCAGUGAAUGGUCCUGUACCCAACCCUACACUGGAAAGUUAUGGCAGCAUCAUUUUCUCCUCCCCCUCUGCGUUGCAUUGGCAGAUGAUGUUACAUUUCAUCGCAGCAAAAAUUGAGCCAGGUUCAACUUAUUUGCUGGACAACCCUGUGUGUUUUUCUUUCUUUUUUUUUUUUUGUCUUAAUACAGCCUAAUUGGGUCAGGUCCUUACAAUCAAGCCAGGGAUCUGUGUAGACUUAACAUGUAACACUUAACAUUCCAGAUGUUCAUGAAGACAAUCUAGUUCUUACAUAGAAUUUAGUUGUUAUCAAAUAUUUACAGCUAACUGCCAGGUGGAACUGUCAUGCAUACAUUCACAAAGCAUUGGCAGUUUAGUUCAUGAUUUCUUUUGGCUCCUAGAACUGUUAUUUUUGGAAGUUAUGUUACACCUCAGUGACUUCCUGUUUACAUGGUUGAUGGCUUCUUGGACAACACUACAGAUUUUUCCUAGCAACUGAUUAACACAUUAAGUGUUAAGUGUUUAUUAGAUCAGACGUUAUGGUGCACCCUGAUUUAGUAAGUCACUAGUUGGAAAGUAGUUGUAGUUACUAAGAACUUAAGAAAGACUAACACACAAACUUAGUGAUGGAUUUACGAUUAGCUGGUGCAAUCCAGUCCUUGUUAAACAUACAAUUUUCAUUUUUCUCAUUAUGGUCUUGCAAGGUUUAAUAGCUAUUUGCUUAAAAGAGAGAUCAUUUCAAGCAACCUGUAAAAUACAUGACUGACUAUUCGCUCCUUCAGCAACAUCAUCAACCUAUUCUGCACCUGACAAACAUGCCACUUACUGGUAUUUGCUUCUCAUGUAGAAGGGGGAAGAACAUUACCACUCUUGCAGUAUCAUGCUUCGUUUUCUACCAAAAUAAGAACUUUUUUUCUAGACUACACUGGAAGUCCGAUGGCCUGUUGAGUCUGUGAAGAUUGUCAUGGUUUUAGGACAAGAAGAAGCACCCAGUCAAAGGCAGCUGGACUGGAUGCUUGGUCUUGGUCUCAAAUAGCAGAACAGACAGCAGGUCCGUUUGUGUUUGACUUAGUACCUUGCCCUGAGUUACUGCAACUAGAAAGACAACCAUACAGGGAAUGAUAUAUUAUAAAAGAGGUAGAGACACUCAUCUCCACCAACAGCAACCUCAGCCGUAGGGCUGGGUAUGGUUGUUUUUAGUACCAAUACAAUACUUCGGUCUCUGUAAUGAUACCAAAAGUUCACAGAUGUUAGAGGUGUAAACCCAAGAAGCCACAAAAGCUUUAUGCCCAAAUACAAUCUAAAAUUGGCCAAAUCAUUAUUUAAAUGAACUAUCUUGUCAUAGAGUAAGUCGGCAAGGAUACCAAACUGUUUAAACAUUUCCAUCGGUACUCAGGUUUGAUAUCCAGCCCUACUACGUAGAUCAGAAUGCAGUGCAGCUAAGAACACAACCUUCUCUAAACCUGCUCUUUCUCCUAUGAUGUUAUCACUAUAGCUAUCUCUGCACCUACUAAACCCACAGUACACACUUCUUCUCUGAGGGUGACUCUGUGUCAUCCUUGGCAAUGCAAGAAAUCUUUAAGUGAAGCAGUCGACUGAAGGACACCAUAAAAGUAAAUGAAAACACUUUAUAACUCCUGGAAUGCACUGAGUGACAGAGUAUCCAUGGGUGAAGUUUUUUGCUUUAAUAUUGUACUAGAAAGACAGGCGCUGCUGGGUUUGACUUGAUCAUACGUAUUUUCUUGCCACUGAAAUCAUGAGAAGUGGGGAAAUGACCGUGUGUUUUAGCUGCAUAGAAUUUGUUUUACAAGGCAUGUAAAUUAUCAGCUUCAAUGGAAUUUGAAAGUGGUUAGAAAGUGGCCACGACACAUUUGAACGUGUUUUUAUUUAAAUGUUUUGAAUGUGCCUAUUGAUUAGUCCAUUUGCCAGUCAGAAUGCUGCUAUAUCUGGUGAAAAUGUGCAAUUUCAGUGUACUGUACUGUUGAAUGUAAUAAAGAAAUAGACAUUUCUUACCUUGGUAAA